UUGUCUGUGAAUUGUUUGCUCGUUUGGUACAUAAAAUCAGAAUUAAAAUGAAUUCAUAUGUAAUCUUGGCACUGCUGUUAAUCUGCCAGAGAAAUGCACUGGCCAGUGAAGACGUGAUCAACCAGACUUCGGCACCGCCAAUUGAUCCCAUUAACUUGAGUGCCCGCGUUUUGGUAACGCCCAUUGAACCAAUUGAAAAUCCAGUCGAUUUGGCCCGCAAGCUGCUCUUCGAAUUGGAGCUAUUUAAUCUGAUUGGCGAAGUGGUGCAGGCAAAAUUCACCAAACAUCAAAACAUCAAUCAACUGCUCUUCGAAAUGGGCAGUGCUCUCCAGGCCAAAGAUGUUGUUCAAGCCUGCAGUACUGAAGGCUGUCCCAUUUACGGCAAGAAGUUACAAAUCUUCCAGACCAAAGACGAUUUCUUUGAUGAACAUUUGAUGAGCAUAGCUGAUAUUGAAUACCGAAUGGCAUAAAAUGUCAAGCAGAUAAAACCAAAAAAAUGUCAUGAAAUUCACGCAAAAUUACAUUUUAAAUAUAUAUGUAUAUAUAUAUUAACAAAAUAUCAACAGAGACGAGCGAGAAGAAAUCACUCUUGCUCUUCAAUCUCUUUCUAUCUCUCUCAGCUGCUAUUACCAAGGGCGUAGGCAGCUUUAAGCGAAGGGGGGAUCAUUUUUUUUUUUGCGACAAAACAACGAAUUCUAAGAGGGUUUGACUAAUAAACCAUCGGUCUAAAAUUAAA